AUGAAAGAAGAAGUCAGUAGAUAUAAAUAUCUGGAAAGCAGAGCCAUGUCAGGAGAACUAUUGUACCCAUACGACUUUAAAGAGAGCAUGUCAAUAAAAGCAAUAAUUGAAGUGGUAGAGCAGGAAAAACUAACAGCAGAGACCAUAGAUGCCUCGCAGUACAGCACAAAGAAAAUAACAACCGCAGGAAGAGUCCUUGCCAUACGCUCAAUCGGAAAGAUAUCCUUCAUAAGGAUAGAGUCAGCAGGACAGUCAAUCCAGAUCAUCUGCAAGGCAAAGUGCAAAGAUAUCUUCAGAGGAGACGUAAUAGGUGUUGAAGGCACAAUUGGCUACAGCAUGAAAGGAGAGCUAAGCGUAAUAAGCAGUAAUAUUAGAGUACUUUCCCCAUGCCUGCACAUAUAUCCUACAGUGCACUACGGCCUCAAGGAGACAGAGCUAAGAUACAGACAAAGAUACCUAGACUUAGUCCUGAAUAAAAACAGUUUAGACAGAUUUGUAGUCAGGAACAAGAUCAUAAGCUUCAUUCGCAGGUACCUGGACAGCAAAGACUUCAUGGAGGUUGAAACUCCUAUGAUGCACCUCAUCCCAGGAGGAGCAGCCGCAAAGCCAUUCACCACAAAAUUGAACGAAAUGAACAUGGACCUGAGCCUAAGAAUAUCCCCAGAACUGCACCUUAAAACACUUUUAAUUGGAGGAAUCCCCAGGGUCUACGAAAUUGGAAGACAGUUCAGGAAUGAAGGCAUUGAUGCAACGCACAACCCAGAAUUCACAACAUGCGAGUUCUACAUGUCGUACGCAGACUACAAUGAUGUCUUGGAAAUCACAGAAGAGAUGCUCAGUAAUAUGGUCAUGGAAAUAUUCGGGACUAAAAUAAUCGAGUACACAGUCCACGGAAAUGCGAAUGCAGGAGAGGCAGAAGAGGAAAAGACUGUAAGGAUAGACUUUAAUACACCAUUUAAGAGAGUGGAUAUCCUGAGUGAGCUCUCCAAGAAGGUGGGGGCAGAAAUAACUGGAGACCUCCUGGAGACAGAAGAAGGCAGAGUCCUUCUGGAUGAAUUAUGCCGUAAGAAUAACAUCAGGUGCAGCAACCCCAGAACAACAAGCAGACUUCUAGAUAAAUUAGUGGGAGAGUACCUGGAGAGUGAAUGCAACAAUCCAACAUUCUUAAUGAACCACCCAAAGAUAAUGUCGCCACUUGCAAAGGAACACAGAGAAAGAAAGAACGUAACAGAAAGAUUCGAACUGUUCAUCUUAGGGAAGGAGGUGUGCAAUGCAUACACAGAACUAAAUGACCCAUUCGAUCAAAGAAGGCGGUUUGAGCAGCAAGCAAAAGACAAAACAGCAGGAGACGAUGAAGCACAAGAAAUUGAUGAAGACUUCUGCACAGCCAUGGAGUACGGCCUGCCACCAGCAGGAGGAUGGGGAAUUGGAAUUGACAGACUUGUCAUGAUGCUGACAGGAGCACAAAAUAUCAGAGAUGUCUUGUUCUUCCCUACAAUGAGACCACAGCCAAAGCAGCCUGCAAAGGGAAAGGAAGAAACAGCACAGAAAGAACAAAAGUAG